CAUAGCUUUGGUGCAAUAAAUAGCUGGGGGCGGGGGGGGGUAUUUUGCCUUAGGAGACUUUGGCUCCAGGGAUCUGAAUCCCCAGCACUGGAAACAGUAGCGAGAGGUAAGUUGAGUAGGGGAUGAAGCGGAAAGGCAGAGAUCAGCUGGUAGGUGAAAGAGGGAGAGAAACGGCAGAAAAGGGACGGGAUUGCAAUUGGCCGGUCAGGGUUGCAAACAGGGAGAAGACAUGCAAAGGACCCAGAUCUUGCGGGUUGUCUGUGCACCAAUGCGCCCUUUUCGAACUGGGAAAGGAGCAAAGCUAAGAGAUGCAAAAACACUGGAGAGAAAACAAGGUUUCUCUAACUAAGUGUCAGCCUUAAGCUUAUGGGGAAGGGAACCUGUGGCUCUCUAGAUGUAGGGGGAGGACAGCAACUCAGAGCACCUGCCUUGCAGGCAGAAGUUUCCAGGUUCAAUCCCCACCCGAGCGUCUGCAUUUCUUAAUGCAAACUCUCUUUUCUAGUCCAGGAGCUUCAGUGAGAAUAAAAAAUGGAAGUGCAUGAACCACCAGGACCUGGACCAAGCAAGCGAUUGGAUGCAGGAAGAGGCAAACCCCACAUCCCUCAAAUGGGAGCCACCAGGGAGUUACUGACGGGGGCUGCUCCACAGCCCGUUAAGCAAGAACCGAAUGAGCAGGGCUGGGAAGGCCAGUGGCCAGGAUUCAUGGAGACCCUGCCGGCCCCUCAGUCCCAGAGGAAAACUCAACGGCUGCUUGAGCCCACCUCAGGAGAGGGUGCUGAGGGAUUCCAGGUCUCCUUUGAAGGAGCUGAGGGCAGCCUGGAGCACAGAGGAGGGGACAUGUCUAGCACCCGGCUAGGCCUCAGCCGAGAGAGCCUAGAUUCUUCAGUGAAAGUGAAGGAAGAGAUUCUGGAGGACGAGGACGAGGACACUGUCAGCAGCUACUUCAAGGAAUUCACCGGCCAAAGAGCCAUGGAGGCCCCAGAGGUAAUUUAGCCCACUCUGGGAAGCUUUGCAACCAGGAUUUAUUCAACCUUCCCCUUCUGCCCAUCUAUAUUGUGCAAUAAAUCUCAAUUUUAUAGGGACUUGACACAGCCACACGAAGCUUGUCCUGCAUGGUUGUUCCCUCAGUGCUGGGUGGAGUGGUGAUUGCGAGAAAUCAGAAUUAUUGGCAUUGAUGCAGACUUUCUAAUUUGUAUCUCCCCACCUCCCUUUCUAUUUCAGAUGCCACCAGGAUCCGUUGAAGACGUGGCAGCUGAUUACUCCAAGUUAAUCUCAAAUCCUGUGAAGGGCCAAAUUCCUCUGGAAGUCAAGGAGGAGGGUUGCGGAGAGGCCAGCUUGCUGGGUAAGGAUUUGAAUCCUGAAAGUUAGUAUUAUUUGGAAACUUCUAGAUGCUUCUGAUAGGCAGAAGUUUUUCUCCCUCUCUUUCAACACUAUGACUCAGGGACAUUCAACAACCUGAAUGCUGGAAGAUUCAGGACACAUUUGUAAGGCUUGUAUUUCUGCACAACUUUGGGUUUCCCUGAGCCUGUUGAUGUGUGGAUGGUAGCUUUUUGGCUACAUCACUUACAGGAAAAACUCAGUCUUAAGAGUGGAGGAUUGGGUAAUUCACUUUAUUCCUUUGAGAAAACUUUUUCUAUCUCCAGUACAGGGUUUAACUCAUGCCGUUAUUCUGUUUCUUCCAGUAGGCCAAGAGUGGGAGAGCGUAAAGGAGGCUUUUCCACUUAAGCAAAUUGACACCAGUGGAAUAUCCUUGGAAAGAGCUAAAGGGGUGUUUUUCCUGGGUAGCGAGGUGGACGAGAUCCCUGCAGUUCAAGAAUCCAAGCAGGAGUACCGUCAGUGGACAAUGCCAGAAUACAGGUUACUUUGUGAGGAAGGUAACAGUGGCUCGUGCAAAGGAAGUUUCCAAGAUAAAUUCUUGAGGCAUGAGGCGAUACAGAUGGACUCAGAGUGUGGAAAGAACUUCUGUCAGGACGUUGAUCUAACUAAGAAUCAGAAAAUGCUGUACACAUGCACAUUCUGUGGGAAAAUUGCUAACAGGAGAGCAGACCUUCUUGUCCACGAGAGAACCCACACUGGAGAAAAACCAUACAAGUGCUCCGAGUGUGGGAAAAGCUUUAAUACCACAUCUUACUUCACAAAACACAAAAGAAUACACACGGGAGAGAAACCGUAUAAAUGUUCAGAGUGCGGGCAAAGCUUCUGUCAGAAAGGGAAUCUGGUUUCACAUGUCAGAAUCCACACGGGGGAGAAACCAUAUAAGUGUGGGGAGUGCGGACAAAGCUUCAGUCAAAGGAAAAUCCUUGGUAAACACCAGAGGAUCCACACGGGAGAGAAACCGUAUAAGUGUUUAGAAUGUGGGCAAAGCUUCAGUCAGGCAUCACAUCUCCUUACGCACAGAAGGACCCACACAGGAGAAAAACCUCAUAAAUGCUCAGACUGUGGGAAAAGCUUUAAUCAGAAAGGAGACCUUGUUAUCCACAAGAGAAAGCACACUGGGCAAAAGCCAUAUGAAUGCUCUGAGUGUGGGAAAAGCUUUAGCACAGGCUAUCAGUUCAUAAACCAUAAAAGGUUACAUACAGGGGAGAAACCCUAUACUUGCUCAGAAUGUGGACAGAGCUUUAAUUGGAAGUCAAACCUUAUUACACACAGGAGAAUCCAUACUGGUGAGAAGCCAUAUGUGUGCUCCAUCUGUAAGAAAGGUUUCAGCGAUAAAUCCUCCCUCACUAAACACCUGAGAACCCACACAGGGGAGAAACCCUACAAAUGCUCUGAUUGUGGGCAAAGUUUCAAUUUGAAAUCAAACCUUAUCACACACCAGAGAACCCAUACUGGAGAGAAACCGUAUUCGUGCCCUGAGUGUGGGAAAAGCUUAAGUCACAGAUCCUCCCUUACGAAGCACAUAAGGACCCACACAGGAGAAAAGCCUUAUGAGUGCUAUGAAUGCGGGAAAAGCUUUAUUUCUAGCUCUGACUGUAAGAAACACGAAAGGGUACACACACGAGAGAAACCAUACAAACGCGGGAGGAAAUGUCCACUAUUCCCUCUGUUUCCGUAACAGAAAAUCUACAUGUGAACCUUUAGGAUGUCUGUGAAGAAGAGUUUGGAGUGAAAGCUUCAUAAAUUUAGACUGUGUGAAUAGUUUAUGCUGGAGAUCAAUGGCUACUAGAUUAAAAAAAAAAGUGAAACUAUACAGGGUUUUUUAUCUCUAGGCAACAUUCCAUUCAUUGCACAUGGAAAGCAGACCUCAUAGAUAGAUUCUUGAAAUUCCUUGAUAGAAAUUAAGUCAUUGCUAGAUUCCACCAUAUUAAUAUUUAGUUUAGUUGCUGAAAUUCAUUGGAGACAGAUGGAGCACUAACCUCACUCUCCAACAGCCAGAAGAUUAUCCAAAACUCAGCAGGGAGGAUAGGGACAAAACCAGAACUAUCAUGGGCUCUGGCUCCACCUACUGUUGGCCUCCUUGCCUUCCCGCUACCAGUCACAGUGGGCACCGUUCUCCACUGCUGAACAUAUGGGUGCUGAACUAAUGUUCCAACGUUUUAUCUUGCUCUAGAGAAAUCUGAUGGACUCUGGGCCCGAGCAUCCAAAAGGUUGGUGUUGGCUCCUUAGAAGAUCCAAAUAUUUAUUCACCUAUUUUGGAGCGCUGGUGCCUACAAACAAGAGAAGCAAAAUAGCUGCUGCUAAAAAGAAAAAAAAAACACCCGGAAAUAUUGUGUGCAGCUAGUAAAAUUUGUAUUGCAUUGGGGUGAUUUUGAUAUUAGUUUGUUUGUUGGUUUCUCCCUCUCUCUUUUUAAAGGUUUUCAAUAUACCUGUUCUGUAUAGUUUUCUUUUCAGCCAUUGUUAGCCUCUGUCUGGAGUUGGAUGACUGGAAGUUUUGAAUGUGGCCCUGCAGACCUUUCUCUAGCCCUGGGAACUCUCUCCAGGCAUCCUGAGUGCUUUUGCCUGGCUGGAAUGUGUCCUUGAACUCUGAUCAUGCCUCUUGCUUCCCUGGAUGGAAGACACAAAGGAGGUAUAAGUGUAGAAAAGUUAAUAUCUGCCCAUUUUCACUUCUGGCUUCACUCAUCCCUGGC